CUCGCAAUGCCUCAACUUGAGCUUCUCCCACAUCACUCCAACCCCCAAUUUAAUUCUCCAAACCCUAAACCUCUCCCCUCAAGCUGGUUGCACUAUAUUAGGGUUCCACCAAUGGCAGCAAGUGGGGGUUGCAACAGCUUCUUAACAUUGUUGUGUGCAGGUGCAGUGCAAAAUCAACAUGUAUCACACCCUACAGCAUUUUUGGGAGUUCCUAAGAACAAUCAGAGAAAAAUGAAAACACCGCACAGGUUAGUUGUGGUUGCGGUGACUCAAGGCUCUGCUGAAUCAAGCAAGUCCGAUGAAAAAAUCCCUUCGUGGGCCAAACCGAACUCCGAUGAACCACCGCCAUGGGCCCAGGACGAGCCCAACAACAACAGUUCACAACAAGAAGGAUUUGAGAUCCCGUUCUAUGCUUAUUUGCUUGCCUCUGCUAUCACUGCAAUUGCCACUGUAACUAACCGACAUCUUAUUACUAAUUAAUAUAAUUGUUUUUCUUUUUGAUUGUUUCCUACUUUUCACUCAUAUGUAUUUUGUAUUAUUUAUCUUUUGCUUCCAAGAUAGGUUCCCUUUUCGAAUAUGUAUAUCAAAAGCCUAUUUUCGGAGUAUUAAGCUUUGACAGCCUGUUUUAUGCUCCCUUGCUUGGUUUUUUUGUCUUCACCGACAUUCCCUCAUCGGUAAUUAUUAUCCAUCUAUGUUCAGAUUGAGAAGCCCAAAGUAAAAUCAAGGAAAUCAAUUAACAUUAAUAGUAAUAACUUGUUGGUUAGUGGUGAUGUCUUAAUGUUUAAUUCUUUAGGCUUUUCUGUGGUUCAAGUAUGUUUAAGCUGCUAACAAGGAAGCAGAGGAACAAGAUAAGAGGGAUGACUAUUUAUAGGGUCUUAGUGGUUCAGAGUUGAACACACUUUCUUUGUUGUAUUGAUGUAAGUUAUAUGAGGAAAUUGCACAUAAUGCCUAUUGUAUGUCACACUUUAAAUUUAAUGUGAAUAUUCAUGCUUUGUAUGAAAUCAGAGAUUAGUAUGAUAUAAUAUUGAGCACCA